UAAGUCCAGCCUCUUGCUUGGGAAAAGCAAUUGUCCAUUGAACCGAACAUCAUGGCAGAAGUAGCUCCAGCUCCAGCUCCAGCGGCUAAAGCGACCAAGAAGAAGGCUCCCAAGCCCGCGAAGAAGAAGGUCGGACCCAGCGUCGGCGAGCUCAUCGUCAAGGCUGUGGCCGCGUCCAAGGAGCGCAAUGGCGUCUCUCUGGCCGCCCUCAAGAAGUCUCUGGUCGCCUCCGGUUACGACGUGGACAAGAACAAGUCCCGCGUCAGGACCGCCGUCGUGAACUUGGUCACCAAGGGCACUCUCGUCCAGACCAAGGGCACCGGCGCUUCUGGCUCCUUCAAGAUGAACAAGCAGGCCGAGGGGAAGGCGAAAGCGCCCGCCAAGGCUGCGGCCAAGAAGACCCCCAGCAAGCCCAAGAAGCCCGCCGUCAAAAAGGCAACAGCGAGCAAGAAGCCCAAAACGGCCGCAGCCAAGAAGACGAGCCCCAAGAAGGCCGCCAAGAAACCCGUCAAGGCUGCGACGCCCAAGAAAGCGGCCAAGAAGCCCACCAAGAGCCCCAAGAAGGCGGCGGCGGCGGCGGCGCCCAAAAAAGCCCCCGCGGCCAAGAAGGCUUCUGCUGCCAAGAGGAGUCCCGCAAAGAGGGUGGCCAAGCCCAAAAGUGUCAAGAAGGCAGCGCCGAAGAAGAAGUGAUUCAACGCUCCUCUCCACAAAAGGCUCUUUUAAGAGCCACCACAUUCCCAAAAAAGAGCAAUGGUAUUCGUCAUAAACUUAUUUUUACUAUGUCAGUCGCGUCAUGAAGUCGUGCUGACAGUGUCACUGAUCUUUGUCAAAACAAAUCUCUCCCAACAUUAUAAAUCAAUUAUUAUUGUUGCAAAAUAAAAUCAAAAAUAACCAUUUUUAUCAGCUCUUCAGCCCCCCAAUCAACGAGGAGUGGUUGUGCCAGCGGUUUCUGCCAUAUGAGCAAUGAUGACGAGGAAAGUAUUUUUUUUGGGG